AUGGAGGCUUCCUCCGCAGCAACCACGCUAGCUGUCUUCACCAUCUCCAAAGCCCUAAACCAUGGUUUAACCCGCAAGUACCACUCCCUUCUCUCGGCUCGACUGGCCAAUCGUCCGUUCGGAACAAUUCCUGCUCAGUACGGCGCAGCUGCUUUCCUUUCUGCUGCUGCUCAUCCUCGGAACUUGAGAACCUUGUCCUCGGUCCUUCCAUUGCUCAGGCAGCGUCUGCAGAGCGGUCCUAUCUCGGCCGCGUCUUUUGCAACUUCUGGGGGCGGCGGGAGUGGUGAAGGCGGCGACGCCGGUGGCGGUGGCGGUGGAGGCGGCGGAUCGGACGGUGGAGAUGUGAAGUCGAGUUUGAUUGGUGCCGGGCCGGAGGAAGGCUCCGUAUUGUCCUCCGAUGUUAUCAUAUUAGAUGUUGGAGGAAUGACAUGCGGAGGAUGUGCAGCCAGUGUCAAGAGAAUAUUGGAAAACCAACCACAAGUGUCUUCUGCUAGCGUCAAUCUCACAACAGAGACUGCAAUAGUGUGGCCCAUCUCUGAAGCAAAAGUGAUACCAAAUUGGCAAAAACAGCUUGGCGAGGCACUGUCUAAGCACCUGACUAGUUGUGGUUUCACGUCAAACCCUCGAGAUGGCAACAGAGAGAAUUUCUUCAAAGUUUUUGACAGGAAAAUGAAAGAAAAACAUAAUCGUUUGAAAGAAAGUGGUCGUGAACUUGCGGUGUCUUGGGCUCUCUGUGCCGUAUGCCUGAUCGGCCAUCUGUCUCAUUUUUUUGCGUAUAAGGCCUCGUGGGUCCACUUACUUCAUUCAACAGGAUUCCACCUGUCAUUGUCGUUAUUUACGUUGCUUGGCCCAGGGCGUCAACUUAUUAUUGAUGGAAUGAGAAGCCUUCUGAAGGGAGCUCCAAACAUGAACACAUUAGUUGGCCUUGGUGCUUUAUCCUCCUUCACUGUUAGCACAUUUGCUGCCUUAAUACCCAAGCUGGGCUGGAAGGCAUUUUUCGAGGAGCCAAUCAUGUUAAUAGCAUUUGUCUUGUUAGGCAGGAAUCUUGAACAGAGAGCUAAGAUUGAGGCAACCAGUGAUAUGACUGGACUUUUAAGUGUUUUACCUACGAAAGCCCGUCUUUUAAUUGAUGGCUCUAGUAAGGAUGCAGAUUCAGUUGUUGAAGUUCCUUGUACUAGUCUCUCUGUUGGGGACCACAUUAUUGUUCUGCCUGGAGACCGUGUUCCAGCGGAUGGAAUGGUUAGAGCUGGUAGAAGUUCCAUUGAUGAGUCAAGUUUCACAGGGGAGCCGUUACCAGUGACCAAACUUCCUGGGAGUGAAGUAGCAGCGGGAAGUAUAAAUCUAAAUGGUACACUGACAGUGGAAGUGCGGAGGCCAGGUGGUGAGACAUCCAUAGGUGAUAUUGUGCGAUUGGUAGAAGAAGCCCAAAGCAGAGAAGCCCCUGUCCAGCGAUUGGCUGAUAAGGUCUCUGGGCACUUCACUUACGGAGUGAUGGCACUGUCAGCCAGUACCUUUCUGUUCUGGAAUCUCUUUGGGACACGUAUUCUACCUGCAGCUCUCCACCAAGGGAAUGCAGUUUCACUUGGCCUACAGCUUGCUUGCAGUGUUAUGGUUGUUGCUUGUCCAUGUGCUCUUGGUUUGGCAACUCCUACAGCUGUUCUGGUAGGAACUUCAUUGGGGGCAAGACGGGGAUUGCUUCUACGCGGUGGGCAUAUUUUGGAGAAUUUUGCCACAGUGGACACUGUAGUGUUCGAUAAAACAGGGACUCUCACAGUUGGCAAACCGGUUGUAAGAAAGAUUGUUACUCUUGGGUCAGAAGAAGAUCAAUCAUCCCAGCCCUAUGAAAAACGCAUCUGGUCGGAGAUUGAAGUGCUUAAAUUAGCUGCCGGAGUAGAGUAUAAUACUGUCCAUCCAGUUGGAAAGGCCAUAGUUGAAGCUGCUAAAGUUGCCGGUGUCCGCAAUCAUAAGGCAACAGAUGGCACAUUUGCUGAGGAGCCAGGUUCUGGUGCUGUAGCAAUUGUUGAUGAUAAGAAAGUGUCUGUCGGAACGCUUGAAUGGGUUCGGAGGAACGGAGUUGAUGACAAUCUAUUUUAUGAUAAAUUUGAGGAAGCAGAGGAUACUAAAAAUCAGUCCGUUGUUUACGUCGGCGUAGAUAAUGCACUUGCUGGUCUGAUAUAUUUUGAAGAUCAGAUUAGGGAAGAUGCCAGACAAGUAGUUCAGACUUUGACUAGUCGAGGAAUUAAUGUUUACAUGCUGUCUGGUGACAAAAAGAGUGCUGCUGAGUAUGUUGCAUCACUUGUUGGUAUUCCACAAGAGAAGGUGGUAUCUGGAGUUAAACCGGAUCAAAAGAAGAAGUUCAUUAAUGAGCUUCAGAUGGAUCAGCACUUGGUAGCCAUGGUUGGGGAUGGAAUCAAUGAUGCUGCUGCAUUGGCUUCAGCACACAUUGGAAUUGCCAUGGGAGGAGGAGUUGGAGCUGCUACUGAGGUAUCUUCAGUUGUACUAAUGGGCAACAGGCUGUCACAGUUGCUUGAUGCAUUGGAGCUCAGCAAACUAACAAUGAAGACCAUAAAGCAGAAUCUCUGGUGGGCCUUUGGCUACAACAUCGUUGGGAUCCCAAUAGCUGCUGGAGUGUUACUCCCCGUCACUGGCACAAUGCUGACUCCAUCUAUAGCUGGAGCCCUGAUGGGAUUGAGUUCUAUAGGAGUGAUGACAAAUUCAUUGCUUCUAAGGCUCAAGUUCUCAUCGAAGCAGCAAGAUCGAAAAGCGUCUCCCAAGCAGAAUAUCCCAAUACUCCCCGUUACGCACAAUAGAUGGAGAAAUGCAAGAUAG